ACCAUUCGCUCCUCUAUUCCACCACUGCAUAUGAAAUCGAAUCCAUGCAGUCCUCAGCAAAAUUAGGCUUAUUGCCCUCUGGGAGCAGACACAGAGGGUGGGAGGGGUAGCAAAAGUGUGGGGUAGAAAGAGGAGGAAAAGUAGAGAGCUGCCAGGCAGACACAUUCACACACACACGCUGCCACAGAGAAACUAUUUCAGUCAUGGCCUCGGAGAGUGAGAUGGAGCUGGAGUUCACUGAGGACCUGCAGCUGACUGAGGUGAUGCGGCUGAGGGUUCAGUCUCUGCAGCAGCGUGGGCAGAAGAGGCAAGACGGCGAGCGCUUGCUUCUGCCCCAUGAGGCAGUGUUCCGGCUGGACUUCACCGAUCAGGAACUGACCUUUUCUCACUGGAACGUGACCCUGACUGGGCCGGGCCGCCUUUCAGUUACAGGUAUCUCACAGCUGUGGACACCCGACCUCACCAACCUGAUGACGCGCCAGCUGCUGGAGCCCACGGGCCAGUUUUGGAGGACGGCUGGUGACCCAGAGGACGCACCCAUUAAAUGCCUGGAGGCUGACAUCCAGGAGUUUGGAGAGAGGAUCGCUGAGCUGGCCAAGGUCAGAAAGGUCAUGUACUUCCUGUUCGCCUUCAAGGAGGGAGUGGAGAAGGACGGUGUAAAGUGCUCAGUGGUGUUCAAGAGGAACGCCUAGGCAGAGUCAUGAGUUCGGAAGCAUGGAAAGCCUUUGAUGUAAUAUUUUUCUGAAACAUACUAAUGCUUAAGUUAACUUGUUAGUCUUUCUGCCUCUUUUAUAUCCAACUGUCAAUUAGAGAAUGAGUUAAUAGUGAAUGUUUGUUUGUAGUGGGAGUUUAACAUCAGAGUAAUUUAACGAUUAAUGUUAAGUAUGUGUAUACAUAUAUACACUAUGUCCAAAAUGCUGCUUUAAUUACAAUAAUUUCGGUGAAAAAAAAAAAAAAAAAAUUAUAUAUUAUAUAUAUAUAUUUUUUUCUUACAUGCAUAUUUAUAUUAUAGAGCAUUUAAUAUAGUGGAGUUAUAGAGCAUUUUAACAAAGUAACAAAGGAAAAUCCUGUAAUGUAAUGUACUAUAAACUGUGUUGAUAGAGAAAGUGCAUUAGCUUAUAUUAACACUACCUCCAAUGUUCUGCCUAAACUAGGAUUUAUUUUAUGAAAAGGUCAAUAUAUAAACAUAUGUAAAACUUAAUGAUAACACAGAGCCCUAUCAAUUAAAAUAUUUUUUGUCAUCAGCAUGUGUCUCAGUGUCUUUCUUUUCAUUAAUAUGUGUGUGUGUGUGUGUGUGUGUGUGUGUGUGUGUGUGUGUGUGUGUGUGUGUGUGUGAAUAAAGAAAUCCAGUCAAACCGUCAGUUGUUCAUCGCUCACUGCAAGGUCAGUCCUAUCAGACUUUAGGUCACUGUACACUUUAAUCAAUACUGCAGCUCGUCAUUAUGUCCUGCCUGGGGCAGACAGUGUGGGGACAAACAUCACAGCUUACACCAUCAAUCUAUAUAUGACAUUCCAAAGCUGGGGCAAGAGUCAAAGGCUUUUUGGUGUAAUCAUAUACAGACCUAUAUUAUAUCUUUACCGAGACCCAAGCACAACUGUCUGUUAAGGACAAUAUAUUACAUAUUACACAUUUAACAUGAACGACAGGUUUAUAUUAGUGCUCUCAUUCUUACACUAUCAUUUCUCAUUCACAGAGACUUAUACGGCAGAGGCUCUGUAUAAUCUAAGACUAAUAAUAAACACAGCCAAUCAAUUUUACUGUACGAAGGCAGCUAAAAGGACCUUUUUUGCUCCCUGACUUUUGAAUUCAAAUCUCAGGCAUUGGUCUGCCCUCUUGUUUAAUUUUUUUCAGUCUCUCCUCAUAAGUAUGAGCUUCAAAAGAAUUUUAUAAAAUCAGGUCAACAUUAGUAGUGUCUGCCAUUCCGUGCCAAGAUGCACCUAAGCUGCUUAGCUGAAGAAGGAAGUCAAAGCUAGCUAGACUUAUAAACUAAUUUCAGAUAUGAAUGCAAAUAAUCAAACAGAACUUUGAGAUGUCAGUCAAGUUCAUUCCCGUUUCUGUGACUGGCAGUUUGUUAUGAGGUUCCACCGCUUUGAGAAGUCUACCAAUCAUCAAAAAGAGAAGCUGCACUGUCCAAUAAACAUUGAGAUGUUUUUCUUUAUGUGCAAAACUGAUGUUGGGCGAGGAGGCCUGGUACACACUCAGUGUUCCAACUGACCCUAAAGGU